CGGAGAAUAAAAAUCAUUUUACACACAGAGAGAGAGAGAGAGAGAGAGAGAGAGAGAGAGAGAGAGAGGGGGAGAUUUCUCUUGAGACUCAAGAAAGAAGGACAAAUUGCACUUUCCAUUAAAAAUAAAAAAAAACGCACCAAUCAACCAAUCAAUCAAAAACUCUAUAAAUUGAAGCUGCCAAUAAAUAAUGUUGGCUCUUUCUCUCGAGUUAAUUAUGUGUUGCGUGCUUUCUUUUGCUUAUGCAAUUUAUUUGCAGUGAUAGGGAUGGGCAAUGCUAGUGGCAAAAGUGAUGAAGAAGGCACUUCAGGAGAGGGUUAUGAGGAGGAGGCUAUAGAGUGUGCCGCACAUGGUAGGGCUUCACACGUUGGCUAUCAUGUCUCGGGGAUGGAUGCAGAGGCAGAGCCCAUGGCGCACUCCCCUCUCAGUAGUCCUAGGAGAUACCUGCAGCCUCCUACCACUUUCAAUCCACAGGUUCCCAUGGUUCCUUUACCAGGACCUUCUGAAAUGAUGCAUGUCCACAAUAAUGCUUUGGCACAUAAUGUAACAGAUUCCAGGGAUGCAUUCAGUGAGAAACUGAAUGCUGUGAUAAUAACAUGGAGUUAUGGUGGCAGGCAAAUAGCUGUCACUGGAUCAUGGGAUAAGUGGAACAAAAGAGAGCACUUGCAUAAGGUGGGCAAAGAUUUUGUUAUUUUAAAGAUGCUCCCAUCAGGUGUUUUUCACUACCGCUUUAUUGUUGAUGACCAAUUGAGUUAUGCUUCAGACUUGCCCUGGGAAUGUGAUGAUUCAGGGACUGUAUACAAUAUAUUGGAUGUACAGGAGGAUGUUCCCGAAGCUCCUGAAAGCCUAUCUGAGUUUGAAACUCCUCCAUCCCCAGUAACAAGCUACAAUAAUGAGUCCUUGGAUAACUACGAUUUCAGUAAGCAGCCUCCAGACAUACCUCCCCAACUUCAACUAACAUUGUUGAACGUCCAAUCUGCUGCAGAAAGUCACCAGUCACUGCCAAAGCCUAGGCAUGCAGUGUUGAACCAUCUUUAUAUUCAGAAUAAUCGAGGUCAGCCUGUUGCACUUGGUUCAACCCAUCGCUUUCUUCAGAAGUAUGUGACAGUAGUACUAUACAAGCCCACACGAUGAUAAAAAGUGCUAUCAUAUUCUUUUAAUGUCAAAGGUGUAUUUAUUCGACACAACGGACAUAUUAAAGUUAGUGGUAAUAGUAGAAAAUGUGUAAACAUAGGAAAAAGUUGGAGUAUUUGCUGCAAAUUUCUGUAUUCAAUUCAUAUUUAUUGUGAACAUGACAUGCUUUCUGCUUUUUUUGCAACUGUAAGCUUUGGUUCCCAUCAAAGGCUUCAUAUAUGAAGAAAAUAUACUACGUUCACAUA